AUGCAAGGAGGUGGUUGGUGCAAGGACAUUCGACAAUGCACAAAUCGAGUUAAAACCCAGUGGGGAACAACAUCCAAUGACAAGCCCAGCUUCCGCAAAGCCCAAGCUCUUUUCUCUGAUGAUCCUGCUGUCAACCCACUGAUGCACGAUUGGAACAAGGUCUACUUUCGCUAUUGUGAUGGCUUUUCUUUCAGUGGCACCAUUGCCAAUCCGAUCAUUGGGAAUGACGGCACCACUGAAUUGCAUCUUAGAGGGUUUGAUAUUCUUCAAGCAGGAAUGACUGAUCUCUUUGCCAAGCACAACCUGGGCAUGGCUACUGAUGUAGUGGUUGGAGGGUGCAGUGCUGGUGGCUUGUCAACUCUCCUGCAUUGCGAUCGGUGGGCAGAUGCCAUCCAGCAAUAUUCACCUGAAGCCAAAGUUGUAUGUGCCCCUGAAUCCGGAUUCUUCAUUGAUUACAAUGAAACAGCAAGUCUCACCUAUGGAAAUCUCAUGAGAGAUGGAAUUGAGCUGCAUCAGCCAAUGUUGCCAUCAGGUUGCACCCAGCACGAGAGCGACACAUCUCAAUGCGUCUAUGCUGAAAACAUUGUCCAACACAUUGAAACUCCUGUCUUUGUCAUGCAGUCUCUGUAUGAUGAUUGGGGCCGGGGAGCAGUAAAACUCAGCAAUGGCAAUGUGGAGGCAAUCGAAAAGUUUGGUGCCCUUGUCAAGCAAACCGUGCUUGAUGUCACCAAGAAUCAGUCUAUGGGCAGUGAUCAGAAUGGAGUCUUUCUUGUCUCAUGUGAAGAGCACUGUGGAGGCUUUGAUGUUGAGGUCAAUGGUUUUAAAAAGCUUGAGGCACUCAAAGUCUGGUAUGAGCAGCAGGAUGCAAUCAGUGUUUACCUGCAAGAAGAGGGGUACAGUUGUCAGGGAUGCUGUCUCGCGCCAAAACCAACCACAGCUUUUCCAACAGGAGCCACGACUUCAGCUUCAGGGACUGCCCCUCCAAGCAGUGAAUCUCCCAGUUCCAACGCCACUCAGUCUCCCAGUGCAAAACAGAGUCUGGCACCCGGCGCAAACCGCACCCAAGGACCCUUCAGCACGGAACCAACAACACCAUCACUUCAAGUGACAUGCCCAGUGCAACGACAGAAGCUCCAUUGGAUUCCACAAAUUCAGCAUUAG